CCUCGCACAGGUAAUUCACGAACCUCCUAUCCGAUAUUUUUUUUUGUUUUUUGUUCAUACAACUUCGAAGGACUGCUGAUGUAGACAGUAAUUCCUCAGGAAUCAUGCCUAGGAAGAGAUCUCUUCUCCAAAAACAAUUUGAUGAUUCAUCAUCUGAUGACGAUUGUUCUAUAAUAUUAUCGGCUGCUCAAAUUUUGCAAAUCGCUAGCAAGGAAAAAGGGCCACAUGGUGGAUCUGUCAAAGGUCACAAAGUUAUUUACCGUGAUAGAGAAGCCGGCCAUGAAAGGAUGUAUCAAGAUUAUUUGGCUGAGAAUCCAACUUAUGGGCCCGAUUUAUUCCGUAGAAGGUACCGGAUGUCUAGGAAUCUUUUCUUACGCAUAAUGAGUGAUGUAGAAGACCAUGAUGACUACUUUGUGCAGAAAAGAAAUGCAGCUAAUGUUCUUGGCUUGAGUUGCUUCCAAAAAGUCACUGCGGCAAUGCGUAUGCUGACUUAUGGAACAGCUGCUGAUGCGGCAGAUGAGUAUGUUCGUAUUGGUGAAAGUACAACGCUGGAGAGCCUGCGUCACUUCAUUCGUGCAGUUGUUGAGCUGUAUGAAGAUGAAUACCUCAGACAACCCAAUGAGGCGGACACAGCACGAUUACUUGCAAUGGGUGAGAAAAAAGGAUUUCCAGGAAUGUUAGGGUCCAUUGACUGCAUGCAUUGGGUGUGGAAGAAUUGUCCAUAUGAUAAGCAGGGUCAGUACAAGGGCCAUGUAGAUAAGGCCACCAUCAUUUUGGAGGCUGUUGCUUCAGAUGACCUUUGGAUAUGGCAUGCUUUCUUUGGAUUGCCCGGGUCUCAUAAUGACAUCAAUGUUCUUCAUAGAUCACCUUUGUUUGACAACCUGGCAGAAGGUAGAGCUCCAGCAGUUAAAUUUUCUGUCAAUGGCCACGACUACAACAUGGGUUAUUAUCUUUCAGAUGGCAUAUACCCAUCUUGGGCUACUUUAAUUCAGUCUAUCAGUCGUCCUAUGGGUAAUAAGCAGCAAUACUUUGCCAAAGCGCAAGAAGCAGCAAGGAAAAUGGUGGAGAGGGCAUUUGGCGUUCUUCAAUCUAGAUUCGCCAUUGUUCGUGGUGGGGCACGUUUUUGGGACAUUGAGACAUUAACACUAAUCAUGAGGGCUUGUGUUAUCAUGCAUAACAUGAUCGUCGAAGAUGAAGGAUUCAUGAUGGACCAUAAUGAGUCAUUCGAUUAUGGAGGUGAGACUGUGGAACCUGCACGUGGCCGGCUAGCUCGCACGCUUGAUGAAUAUAUUGAAGCACAUCAGCAAAUCAGAAACAAAGACACCCAUGUGCAACUGAAAGAAGAUCUCAUCGAACAUCUUUGGAACCAUCAUCCAGAUUUGUACUCAUACAAAAUAUGAGCCUUAUUUUGUAUUAAUUUAGCAUUACAAAAAUUUUACAAAGUAUU